GUUAUUUGGCGAUAAAGAAAAUCGUUAUAAAACAUGAAUAACAUGUUCUAAUUAAAAAACAUAAACUUACGAUCAUUAGACAAUUUAUUAAAGCUGUUUUUUUCGCGUUCAGUUGUCGGUCAUACUGUUGCGAAAACAGAACACAAAAAACACUGAUAAACCCCAUAUAAUUUACUGCCUUUGUUAGCCUGGCUAUUGGCUAUUAUCAGCUAAUCUUACUUGCUUGAGCACUCAUUGCUGUCCAGAGCGUCAGUUAAACUUUGUCCUCCGUAGCAACACCAUGGCCGCCUUUCAGAUGGGAUCGGGUCACGCAGUGCCCAUGAGUCUCUUCAGGAACAACAGGGAUCGUGCCGGUAAGGCCAUCCUCAAGGAGCUGCUGCCGGGCCUCAAGUUCGAUGGCAACCUGCUGGUGCUCCUCGAGGGCGGCAAGGACCAGAGCCUGUACAACACCGACGUGGACUACGUGUUCCGGCAGGAGUCCUAUUUCCAGUACUUGUUUGGUGUCAAGGAGCCGGGCUGCUACGGUAUCCUAACCAUCGAUGUGAAGACUGGUGCCCAGAAGAGUGUUCUCUUUGUUCCCCGCUUUCCUAAUGAGUACGGCACCUGGAUGGGCGAACUGCUCGGUCUGCAGGAGUUUAAAACCAUGUAUGAGGUGGACGAGGUAUUUUAUGUCGACGAAAUGAGUGUUUAUCUGGAGAGGGCGUCGCCAAAGCUGAUACUCACAUUGAGCGGCACCAACAGUGAUAGUGGGCUCACCCUCCAGCCGCCCGACUUUGCUGGCAAGGAGAAGUACGUGACUGACUGCGAUCUGCUUUAUCCCAUCCUCUCUGAGUGCCGGGUGAUCAAGUCGCCCGAAGAGAUCGAGGUGCUACGCUACGUGGCCAAGGUUUCCUCUGACGCCCACAUCAAGGUGAUGAGAUUUAUGCGUCCCGGUCGCAUGGAAUUUGAGGGCGAAUCUUGGUUCCUGCACCACGCCUACUCCGUGGGCGGUUGCCGGCACGCCUCCUACACUUGCAUCUGCGGCAGCGGAACGAACUCCUCGAUUUUGCACUAUGGACACGCGGGCGCUCCCAACAGCAAGCCUGUCCAGGACGGCGAUCUUUGCCUGUUCGACAUGGGUGCCAACUAUUGUGGCUAUGCCGCAGACAUUACUUGCACGUUCCCGGCCAAUGGGAAAUUCACCGACGAUCAGAAGUUCAUCUACAAUGCCGUGCUGGAUGCCCGCAAUGCGGUCACGGAGUCGGCCAGAGACGGAGUCUCCUGGGUGGACAUGCACAAGCUGGCGGGCCGGGUGUUGUUGCAGCGCCUGAAGGAGGGCGGCAUGCUCAAGGGCGAUGUGGAGGAGAUGCUCGAGGCAGGUGUUUCUGGCGUCUUCCAGCCGCAUGGUCUCGGCCACUUGAUCGGUCUGGAUGUGCACGAUGUGGGCGGCUACCUGCCCAAGGAGCCAAAGCGCCCCGCUGAACCAUGGCUUAGUAAGCUGCGCUUUGCCCGCGUACUUAGGGCGGGCAUGUAUGUUACAAUCGAACCCGGCUGCUACUUUAUUAACUGGCUGAUGGACCGCGCGCUGGCCGAUCCGAACAUUGCUAAAUUCAUUAAUGUGGAUAUGUUCAAUCGCUUCCGCAAUUUCGGAGGUGUGCGCAUCGAGGACGAUGUGCUAAUCACGAAGACUGGAGUGGAGAAUUUUGCUAUCGUGCCGCGUACGGUGGAGGAUAUCGAGGCAACUAUGACAUGUAAAUAUGAUUCACCAGUUUAGAGCUUGCACAAUAUUUCCCACACUUAAACAUAUGUAAUAUACUGUAUCAUAAUCAAAUUAUGGAAUACCCAAUAAAUACAUAAGGUCUCAUCAA